AUGGGGAAAAAGAAGAGCAAUAAAGCUAAGGAAGUCAAAGAGUUUGUUAUGGAAGGUCUUAAGGAGAUUGCUGAAGAAUGGAAGGAAAAUGGGUUGGAGAAGAUCUCUGCAAAUAUUCAUGAUCUCUACUUUCUUCAAUUCAAGAAUGGGUCGAAUUUGGAUGAAAUUCUGGAACAUGGGCAUACAUAUAUUGGAUCCCACUGUAUGAAGUUGGAAAAAUGGUCUGAAGAUUUGAAUCUGUUAAGUAAACCUAAGGAGAUAGUACAGAUAUGGUUCAAGCUUUGGAAUAUCCAUGUACACAUGUACAAAGUAGAAGUCAUUAGUCAUUUUACAAGAUUAUUGGGAAAAUCAUUAUAUAUUGACCCAAUAACAGAAGGAGGAGAGCAUUUAUCCUUUGCUAGAAUUAGCAUAAAGGUGAAUCCUAGUAGCACAUUAACGAAUAAUAUGACAGUGGUCGGCAAGAAAGGAAAAUCUAAUAUCAUGGGAAUCACUUAUGAAUGGAGACCGGACAGGUGUGCAUUCUGCAAUACUUUCCAACAUGCCAACACGAAAUGUGCUCAAUCUAUGAAAGAUGAGCAGAAGAUACUGAAAGACCAAGAAGCAAAAAAUCAGGAAAAAGAAAUAAGGGAGUCGGAAAGCAAAGAGAAAAAUGUGGAGAAAGAGAAAGAAGAAGAAACCAAGGAGGACUCUGAAAAUGAAGAAAGUAAUGACAUUGAAGAAAAGAUAUUAAGGGGGUUUCUAUUGAAGAAAAGAAUAAAGGUAGCAAUGAAACAGAAAAUGAAGAAGAUGAAAGAAGUUGAUUUUCAAACAAUUCAAGCUGUAAUACAUGAAACCAUUGAGGAGAAUACUCAGAAUAAUCAAGCUGAAGUAGAUGUUACCAAGGUUGUCGUAGAGGAUACCAUAGAUGAAGCUGAAGGAAGCAAAGACAAGAAUCCUAAGACUGAUCUAGAAAUUCAAGUUGAGAACAAGAGUUUAUCGUAUGCUGAUAACAAUAGUCAGACCCUAGUCUCUAUUGGCAACACUGAUCCUAAUAAGUGGUAUUAG